ACUGAGGCUCAGACUUACUUUCAGAAACACCACACUGGCAACCAUCAGUCAAGGAGCAGAUACAACUAUGGAUGUAGGUGAAGUGAUGUACACGGUGGUGGAGGUGCUCAUUGCCAUUAGCUGCUGUGUGGGUAACAUGCUGGUGAUUUUGUCACUGUGGAUCAGUAAGAAUAUCCAACAGCCCACCUACUGCCUUAUUGUCUCUCUGGCUGUGGCUGACUUCUUGGUUGGAUGCGUGGCCAUACCAAUGGCUGUGAUUGUGGACAGACGAGUGAACACAUCAUUCAGCGCUUGUCUCUUCCUCAGCUGUGUGGUUAUCCUGCUCACUCUGGUCUCAGUUUUGACCCUCACAGCUAUUGCAGUGGAUCGAUUCCUGCGGGUGUAUAUCCCACUCAGGUACAAAAGGACUGUAACACAAAGGCUUUCCUGGUUUGUGGUAGCAGCAUGUUGGCUCAUAGCGUUACCACUCAGUUUUACACCCAUGUUUGGAUGGUACAACCAUGAAAACUUACCUAAGGAGGACAACUCCACCAUUCUCUGCAAGUUCAUAACUGUGAUCCCCAUGUCCUACCUGGUCUACUUUAAUUUUUUUCUCUGCACCUUCACACCUUUGUUGGUGAUGGCUGCUUUGUAUGGCUUCAUCUUUUGUACCAUUCGAGGAAACCUGCGAGAGAAACCAGGCAAUGGUGCCCAAGUACAGACACAUAUCUACCUGAGGAAGGAAAAGCAACUGGCAGCAUCUCUGUUUCUGGUCUUGGUCCUGUUUGCUCUGUCCUGGUUCCCCCUCCACAUAAUGAACUGCAUUGAGUACUUCCGUGGGCAGAGAUAUGUACCACACUCAGCUUUCUAUGUUGGCAUCCUGCUUUCACAUGCAAACUCGGCGGUAAACCCAGUUGUAUAUGCGUUCAAAAUAAAGAAAAUAAGGGCAGCGUACCUUGAGCUUUGGAAAAAGAUAUUUUAUGUGGGGAAGAAAAUCAAGGAUCUCAGACAAGCCAGACAACAGAUCCCAGCAGUAACAUGAACAGUACAGCGAACAUUGAGUAAAGGCGGAUCCCCUUGUUUUUAUGCUCAUUCAUUUUCAAGUUUGGUGAUGUACUUAAUGUAUAAGAGUAUGAAAAGCUUUUUAAAUGUUAAAAACAGCUUUAAUCAAGAUGAUGCUAAGCUGUACUGAUACAAAAUGGAAGUCUUGCAUUCUACACUGAAAACCUGCAGCAUUUAGGAGUCUAUGGUUUUGUGUGUUCAGUUCAUGGUUAACAUGUCAACAUCUCUGUGUGUAAAAAAAAAUAAAAAUAAAUAAAAUGAAAUAAAAUAA